CCAACUGAGGAGGGCUGAGCUGACUGACUAUCGGCAGGUCAGCCGGGCGGGUUCAAAGACUGAGGAGAGGAGAGGAGGAGGACCGUUGAAAAGCUGACGAGAGUCGGAGAAGUUCUGUUUCGAAACAACGUUGCAAAAUUUAGCCACUUCUUUGUCGAACAAAGUUAUUUAAAACAGUAACGUUCAUCAAAAAUGGGGAAUCGGGUCGCCCGUGAGGACUACGAAUGGGUGUAUACGGACCAGCCGCAUGCCGACAGGAGAAAAGAGAUACUGGCCAAAUACCCAGAAAUCAAGACAUUGAUGGGUCCUGACCAGAGGCUCAAAUGGAUUGUGUGCAUGAUGGUAGCUAUACAGUUUUUAGCUUUCUACUUGGUCAAAGACUUGGACUGGAAAUGGGUUUUGUUUUGGACUUAUGCCUUUGGCAGCUGUAUCAACCAUUCAAUGACCCUUGCUAUUCACGAGAUCUCCCACAACACGGCCUUUGGAAACAACAAGGCCAUGUGGAACCGCUACUUUGCCAUGUUUGCCAACCUACCCAUCGGCCUGCCCUACUCUGCCUCCUUCAAGCGCUAUCACCUUGACCAUCACCGCUACCUGGGUGGAGAUGGGGUUGAUGUGGACAUCCCCACUGAGUUUGAAGGCUGGUUCUUCUGCACACGCUUCCGCAAAUUCAUCUGGAUUAUUCUGCAGCCGCUGUUCUACGCCAUCCGACCCCUCUGCAUCAACCCUAAACCCAUCACUCAGCUCGAGGUGACCAAUGUGGUUGUCCAGCUCACCUUCGACAUCCUGCUCGGCUGUCUGUGGGGGGCCAAGCCUGUGUUCUACAUGCUGGCUGGCUCCAUGUUGGGAAUGGGUUUACACCCCAUCUCUGGUCACUUCAUAGCUGAGCACUACAUGUUCCUCAAGGGCCAUGAGACCUACUCCUACUAUGGUUCCCUCAACUUGCUCACCUUCAACGUGGGCUACCACAAUGAACACCAUGACUUCCCCAGCAUCCCAGGACGCAGGCUGCCCAUGGUGAAGAAAAUAGCAGCAGAGUAUUAUGAUGACCUGCCUCAGUACACAUCCUGGUUGAAGGUCCUGUACGACUUCAUCAUGGACGAUACACUGAGCCCGUACUCUCGAAUCAAGAGGAAGCUGAAGGGAGAUAUCAAACAGGAGUAACUACACUGAAAGCUUCUCUGGAACAACGCUGCAGUGUCCAUCAUGACAGCAGCCUGGAUCACCGUCCUAUAAACUUAACAGCUUCUGCGUGUUAAUACAUUCGGCAUGGGAAAUUAAGGUGGACAUAUUGAAAAAGUUCUUUUCCCCUACAGGAAGAAAAAAUAGUUUAUCAUCCAGGUCAGAAAAAUCAAUACAUUUUGUGUUACAGUAUGAUUUUAGAUGUUGUGAUUAUAGGCAGUGCCUAGGUCUGGUUGCACAAAGACUUUGCUCCGAUUAAACAAAUAGUUCAACUUAAAAUAGACAACUAAUUUGUUAUGUGUACUAAAUGAAGUAUAACUGGAUGGAUGGCUUGUCAUUAAAUUUGGUAUAUACAUUAAUGUCACACUCAGGAUGAACUGUAAUCACUUUGCUGAUCUUCUGAUAGUUCAAAAUUUCAAUUUGUCGAGUACUUUGGUUUAAAGUACCCCCAAAUGUCUACCUAAGGCAUUGUGUUCAGGCUCUUUCACGGCUAUCAGAGAUAAUCUGCUGCCAUUCCAGCUGAUGUCUUAAUGUGCACAGCACAUGUGAGUGCUCUGUUUACAUUAGGGCUAUUUCCAGUGUCUUGGGGGCCACACUGAUCAGUAAUGAGUAAAAACAAAAAAGUUGUCAGUAACAACACUUAACAUUUAAAUAUGAACAGACUGCUGGAAGAGGUGCUUCUGUAUCAAGUGGCUCUGUUGUCCUCUGAUCGCCUCCUUAACACAUCUCAAAUUAGUUUUUCUUAACGGUUUGCUUGAGCCUAGUAGGAGCAAAAUAAUACUGUCUUUGUGCAGCCAGCCUCAGAAAUUAACCACCAACAAAGCUACACAGCCAACCAAAAAAGUCCACACAGGUUGUUGUACCAUUUACUCCAUGUCAAAGGUGUUUCUAUUCUGCCACAGAGAUUAAUUUUAUACAACUGAAUGAAUUUAGACAUUUAGACAACAACAAGAAAGCCGCUUUGCUAUUGGUUGAGUAUCUGUGUGUGUGUGUGUGUGUGUGUGUGUGUGUGUGUGUGUGUGUGUGUGUGUGUGUGUGUGUGUGUGUGUGUGAGAGAGUGAGUGUGUGUCUGCCUGUCUGUGUGUGUCAGCAUGGACCAAAGUUGAACUCUUGAGUGAGUGACUUCACUCAUCAUUAAGAUUUAGUUUGUUGCAAUGUGAGUGUGAUCCGGUUAGUUUGAAUGGACAUGCAAUGAGUUUAUGGGGAGGCCGGCAUUGGUUGCUUUAUAUGUUAAAUGUAGUUUGUAACCUUUUUUGGCUUGUGACCCUUUUUCUUCAACUGCUUUGCUUUUUAACAUUUGACACUUUUAAUGUAUCACAUUAUACAACCUGUUGUCCUGCUUUGUACAGACUGACUGUAACAGGUCAGUGUGAGGUUGGAUUGUAUGAGAUGCUUCUUACAGCCAGAGACAGAAAGCAGUCAUAUUAAACACCAUGAAUGUUUAAGUAAUCAAUUGUCCAGCGCUGUUGAACCUGACUGAUGCAAAGUCAGCCUCUGAAUUUGUGGGCCAGAUGUGUCAAUAAAUUUGUAACAAGCGGGAUCUUAUGAAAUUAUCCCUGAUAUAGAUCUUCAUGUUGGAAGAUAAAAUUUACAGAUAAUAAUGACUGGUUGAAUGAAUAAAACAUGAAAAAUAUAAAUGAUUACAAAGAGUAUAUUAUAUAGGAGAAAGGGUGCAUGUGUGGGACUUAAACUCUUAAGUGUUUAUAAAAUCUGUAUGGAAGGCUACAUACAGGUUGACCCAACAGGAAGGUUUCACUUCUGGGGAAACUUUGGAUGGGACCAAACGCUGUUGUGUGCUGAGGUUCUUUAUGUAGAGCCUCAAGUACUAAAAUCCUGCCCAUGUUCACACACAUCUGUACAUCAUAGACAUGCUGAUUCUGAUGGGCUUCACUUUUUAUGCCUCCACACCGGCAUUAGCUGUGGCCAGAGACAUUGGACCUCAUUCAUGAACUGUUAGUUAAUGUGUAAGUAGAUUUGCACAUAAAAAACCUUUGUACUAAAAACCUACAUUGAAUUCAUAAACCCCGUGGGAAACUCAGAAUGCCAGUCAAUUGUAAAUUGACAGCAUGCUUCUGCUGGUCAGCAAUUAGCAUACAUCUUUGCCCAAGAAUAGCCAGUGACCACCAUAUAAGGAGGUGAAGCGUACUAUGGAUUGGUGCAUCAUGUUGACCUGCAAACAGAGAGAGAGAGAGAGAGAGAGAGAGAGAGAGAGAAACAAAAACUUUCUGACAAGACUGAAGCUAUUCUAGGUUAAGUGGAGUUUAGAAAAAUAUUUUAUUUUCUUCUGUUAGUAGUGGUGUGACAGGGACAGGUAAAUCAAAGGCCUGGAAGGAGGUAAAGAGUGCCGUCAGUUAAAAUAAAAUGGUUGCAAAAAAUGCAUAGGCACACAAAAACAACAGCUACAGGAGGAGGCUCUUUCUAGUCACAGCUGCAGACAAGAACAUUGGCGAGACCUCUCUGUCAGGGGAGAUGGCGACAUGCCUGCACUGGACCAAUCAACAGCAAACUCAGAAGGUAUGGCGAUGUAUGUGUUAUAUUAAGUGUUAAAUCACGAUACAUUCUGACAGCCAUCACAGAUAGCUUAGUGUUUGUCUGUGUGUUUAGCUGAGUGGAGUUCUCUCCUGAUUGAUUGAAGUGGGCAUGGGAUGCCAGGAAUGUAGAGAACACUUGUAGCUAAGAAGUCGAUUUAAACUACUCAUUUGCAUUUUUAAGAAUCCUAAUCUGAAGCCUAAAUCUGCUGUUGUCCACUAAUUAGCUAAAUGUGUUAUAUUUCUAAUCUUUUGUCAUGUUUAACGUACAUGUUUCAAAGGCAUCUGCGUAUUGGGAACAUACAGAUAGUAAUACAAAUUAAAACUAAUUUCUUAUGACAAGCAGCAUAUAUGUGCAAUCCUUAAUUACAUAAGCACUUAUAACAGUCAGAAGCUGGUUUAGAUUUUCCAGAUGAAAAGGAGGUUGCGCAUCAACAGUGAUGAUACUCAGAGUGCUAAACCCAAAAAUCCAAUAUAAUCAAAAAUGUAAAAAUGCAAAAAGGCUCUGAAGAAAGCCAUGUGCCAAAACGCGUUAGCGUUUGAUUUUUUGAUGUGAGCCAUUAAAAGAAGUCAAACGUGAUUACUUUGUCCGCUUCCUUAACUUUGCAAUUUGAGAUGUGCUACCAUUUUUUUGAGAUGUGCAACGCACUGUCUCAAGAACGUGUUGAGGGAAUUUCUUCAGAUUUGUCACUCAUGUCCACUUGGACUCAGCAAUAAACUGAUUAGAUUUUGGUGGUCCAAGGUCAAAAAUCAAGGUCAAUGUGACCUCACAAAACAUGUUUUUGGCCAUACCUCAAGAUUUCAUUGGCUAAUCAUGACAAAAAUUUAUGCAAAUGUCUGAUAGGAUAAAAUGAUGAGGUGAUAGCAUUUUAUAUCGAAAAGGUCAAAGGGCAACUUCACUGUGACAGAAGGGAAAACAUAGGCCCUGCGUUCCAAAUUGCAUACUUCUACUACAUACUUUUAUGUAUAUAUACUUAUAUAUACUUUUUAGUAUGUACUGCAGCUGCCCUUAAAAAGUAUGUAGUGUAGUAUGCAGCAUGCAUGCAGUAUGCAUACUAUUGGGAUACACUACAUCCACCAUCACAUCGCUCCCUGAACUCCGACCUUCUUGCUCACUUCCGCCGCCGUCUGUUGCACCACAUUUGAAUAUUUUGUUUUGUUGUACUUCGGAGAUGCAGCAAAUCUCCUCUCGUCAAGCCCGCCAGAGUCGUGCAUACCGUCGUAGGUGCCGGAGAGCUCUGUUGCUGUUAUGUCAUAAUGUAUGUUGUUGUUUCUAAUAAACUGACGUGUUCACGUAAA